AUGGCACAACGGAGUGUGUCUCCCGGGGCGGCGCUCCUGAGAUCGUCUCGCAUGUUCUCAAUGCCAGCUCCGAUACCUCCUCCUCCCGGCGACUAUUCCUCCGCAACGAAGCACUACUCGCCAACUGCUACGAUCAAUUACCCGACGCACCUUUCCGUGACCACGCCGUCCUCGUCCCGAAUCGUCGGUGACUGGGGCUUCAAGAGGCCAUUUCCCCUGAAGACAACCCUGAAGACAACCUAUCCGCUCGUACGCGUCAGACAGGUCGAUUCCACCGAACACGUUACGGACUUCCAGUCCUCGUCGGAUCACACUAUCACGCUCCAGAAGUUCCAAGAGUUGAACAUGCCCAUUUCAGUGCCACCGGAACACGCCGACGACAAGUACAAACAAGCACAGACUCCAGUAUCAGUUUUCGAGGAGGAGGGCGAUGUCACAGCGAUUGACUCGCAGAUGGCGGUGGAUCUGGAGAACAAGAGAUGGAAGUUCAAGGGACCGUGGCUUGCGGGAUUGACGGAUGGCCAGUUCAACGAAUAUCUCGAAAAGACCGUGCGAACCAGACGACCAGAAUUCAGGGCGUACCUGAAAGGACUCCUCGCCAAAGAGAUGACAGAAGAUCAGGGACGAGUGGCCCGGGAGGCGGGCGAGACUGCUCCGGCCGCAGUCAAUGCCGGCGACGUCACGGAAACCCAACUGGUUGGUUACCUAAGGAGGCUGCGCACAGAUCGUAUGGAACUGUUUAGACUGGUCGGCCGUUUCCUUGAUCUUGCACCUAUCGCUGGCGACCUCAAGUUGAGACAUCUUGGUUCCUUAGAGCCCAACAAAGCGACACACCUGACUCGAGCCAGUCCGUACGGUGCCACAGGACCGCCGAUCACGCACCCCUCGGCAGGGCUAUCGUACUUGCGCACACGGAACUUCGGGGACAAUCACCCGGUUUACGGCCCCCAGAAACACCAUCCUCCAGUGAAGACGAGAGUGCUCAUGCCGAGGUCUUCGGGGACGGGCAAUUUCGAUGUGGUACUUGGCAUUGCGGGCUUUGUUGCGGAGACACCGUAUGGAGACCUAACUUUCAACAUAAAGACCAUAAAAGGCCGCAACCAAACUGAUAUGGGCAGAGCCCUGCACUCUCUGGAGCUCGAGAAGUACGGCGGUGGAAAGGUCUACGGCCGGCCCACGGCGACUACAAUCGACUCCAACGGCAGAGUUCGCAUCAACGUGACGGACGCUAGCAAGGAGAGCGAAACAAUCCACAAGGAGAUGCUGGGAGAGGAAGGGGGUGAAGUGUACGAAAAGGCACUGAAGUCGAACGAGCCUCCCGAAGUGCCCCUCAACCCGAGGGGCCAUAUGCGCCAGAGGAGAAGCCCCUUGCUCCAAGGCAGUUCGGAGAGCUAUGGUUGGACGUUGUGA